UGAGCGAGCAGCACUAGCUACUUCAGCCAAUCAGACGCCUUUCUCUGGCACUCUCUGCUUCUUAAUUGGCCAACAACGACUGAAAGAACAGCUGAUCUAUGUGUGGAGGCUGAUUUAUCAUCCACCCAGCCAGCACAGGAGAGGCAGAGGACGGGCUUGCAGAGAGAGUGAGUGAGAGAGAAAGGCUGACUGUUGCAGAAGAAUCUGCUGCUGAAUCGCAUCACCUGUAUCCUGCUCUGUGUCUCUCCCUGGCAAAGAUGAACCACAGCCCGGGUGAAAAAGAGCCUGAGACCACAGAGCCACUGCGUUACCUCAGUAAAACAGAGAUGGCUGCCAUUGAAACAGAGCUCCUCACAGACUAUCGUUUUGGACAGCAACAGCUGAUUGAAAUUUGGGGUCAUGCCUGUGCUGUUGCCAUCACCAAGGCCUAUCCUCUGAGCUCUCUGACCAAGAAACAACCUACAGUCUUGGUAAUUUGUGGGGCAGAGCAAAACGGUGCCAUUGGCUUGGUGUGCGCUCGACACCUGCGCAUAUUUGAAUAUGAGCCCACAAUAUUUUAUCCCAAACGAUCUCCUGAUAACUUGCAUCAGGACUUUACCAUUCAGUGUGAGAAGAUGGAUAUUCCUUUCCUUUCUUAUCUUCCAACCGAGGUCCAGCUCAUAAACGAUGCCUAUAAUCUGGUGAUUGACGCUAUCGUGGGGCCAGAAAUAGACCUUAAAGACGUAAGAGAGCCCUAUUCUGGAAUAUUGGUUACCCUUAAACAGGUGAAGAUCCCUAUCGCAAGUGUGGAUGUGCCCUCAGGCUGGGAUGUAGAUGAAGCGAGUAAAGACGGGAUCAAUCCAGAGGUUCUCAUCUCUCUGACGGUCCCCAAAAAGUGUGCCACAAGUUUCUCGGGGAAGCACUUUCUAGCAGGACGUUUUCUUCCAUAUGACAUGCAGAAAAAAUAUGAACUCAAUCUGCCUGAAUUUCCGGGCACCGAGUGUUUUAUAGAACUGUAACACUGGCACAACAAAAAACAUAUUUUGGAUAUGUAUGAAUUAUAUAUACACAUUCACAUUUUGUACUUUAUGGGUUGUUACUGUGGUAAAAUGUCUAGAAGUUUGUACACAGAGACUGUCGUGGUGGCCGGUAUGAUGUAUGUGGGUAUGUGCUUAAGUGAAAGUGUGUAGCUUAAGUUAUUUUUUUUUGUUUGCUUUAAAAUAAAAAAUUAUAUUCUGUAUAUAUAUAUAUUUUUUUUGCUCAUAUAUUUAUGCAAUUUCACAUGCUAGAAAUUAUUCCGACUGUUAUGACAAUUGGUCAAAGCUUUUCCCUUCAUAAAAUUUUAUGGUUAAAAAAACUCUUCAAUAUUCUUUAGUAUUAGAGUUAGUAUUAGACAGUAAAACUGGCAAAUGCUUUAAAUUAUGUUAUGUACUACAUACAAUUAGUGUAUUUCUGAAGCCAUUUUUUAUGUUUAUCUAUAUUAUAUAUUUACUUUUUUGUUAAAAAAUUUUUUUAGAAACUUUUUAAAUAGCACAUAGUUGCCCAGAACACAGUGAAUAGAUAUUUAAUAGAUUGGUAUAUAGUUUCUUAGUUUGAAUAGGUUGUGUUUAACACCAGUUUAGAUCUUGAAUUCAAAUAAAUUCUCUUUGAACCUGUUAACUUCCCAUGUGUUUUCAUGUGCGUCUUAGCCACAAGCCUCCGGAAGUUAAGAUUAAUGGUCACUCCUAGCCACCACUGAACAGGGUAACAAUUGAAUGUUACAGUCAUAUAGCCAAAAUUUUGGGGAAAAAGUAAAAGGUUCAGACCAUAGAGUAUAUUAUCUUUACUCAGGAGAUUUACUCAACGUCAGGAAAAUGGCGUGGGUGUAAGAAUGACCGUUUGUUCCCUAACAACUGUUCCAGUAUAAAUUACCCAGAAAGGAGAAACACACAGUUUGUGGCAAAGGUCAUGUCAGGACAUCCAUAUAUUCCUCUUUCAACAAAUAUUUAGCAUUAGGUUCACUGAAGUUAUCAAAAAGUGUUCCA